AUGAAAGGAAAUGAUUCUAAACUCAAUGAAAUUACUUUUGACACAGAAUCAGCUUCCUUUGAAGAAGUAAAAGUACUAGCUGCUCAAGUACAGGAAGAAAUUCCGGAUGAUUCUCCAUUUUUCCCAUAUAAAGCAAAAUUUAAUAAAGAAUUAACGUUUUUUCAAAGCAUAUUCAACAAAAAUCAAUUGCUUCUUGCUAAAUUAUCAGAUCAGAAUGCACAAAUCAUAUCAGCAGCAUCAAAGAUUCAAACAAUAUUAAAAACCUCAAAUGAAGAUACAGAAAAAUUAAAUAGUUUCAAGCAAAGACACGCAGAAGUUCUUAGUAUUAUUGAAUCUUUACAUAAAUCAGAAACAAGUUCUCGUUCUAUAAUAGAAUCGUUAUCAAAAACUUUAUAUACUCUUCAAAACCAAGUAGAAAAGGAUGGACUGUUUUCAAAUGGAGAUGAAGAAUCUGCGAUACAAGUAGCAAAUGAUGUUAAAAUGUUACGCGAAGAGAUUUCAAAAGGAGAAGAGCAAAUUCAUGAUUUGUCCACGCAAAUAUCAAAAGAAAACGCAGUAACUAAACAAAUAUUAGAUCACAUUAAAACAAUUACCGAAAAUUCUGAUAAAAUGGAAGCAGAAUUAGCAAAUAUCAAAACAAACUAUGAUAAAACAUCGAAAGAACGUAAUGAUCUUAGAGAAAAGUGUCUCGUUGUCAAAGAUGAAAACAAGUCAAUUAAAGAAACAGUUGUUAAAAAUCGUGAAAAAAUCGUUACUCAAAAUGAUCGAAUUGGCAAGCAAAUGGUUGUUAAAAGCAAUCUCGUUAAGAGUCAACUAGAUGAAAUGAAGAAGCUGCGCGAGAUGAAACAGACAAUUAUGGCAAAAGGAAAGCAACAUAACGAAUUAGUUAAUAACAACCACAUGAAAAAGGCAGAUGCUCUUAGAGUUAACUCUAAUAUAGGUGAAAGCGAGAUAGAAAUUAAGAAUCUUCAAAGUCAACUUGAAAAUGCAAAAGAAAUGGUAGAAUUAACUACCCAAAGUUUACAUGAUACAGAGGAAAUGAGGAAGGAAAUGCUUGCUCAGAAGUUUCAAGCUCGAAAAGAUAACCAAAAACUCAAAAAUGAUAUGAAUAUGAAACAAAAUCAAAUUACUCGAGAUCAAAAUGAGUCAAAAAGAUAUCAAAGGAACAUCCAAUCUAUUAUUCAUGAAAAGACAGUCAUAAAGAAACAUCUUUCCGAAGAAAAAACGAAACAAAUGGAAAUUCAAGGAGAAAAUCAAAAUCUUCGGAACCAAAAGUUCUUAGAAAAGAAAGAUGCUCAAGAUGUUAAUAUUAAAUUGCGCAAUUUCGAGAUUGAUAUCGAUAACAAAACAUCCGAAAUUCAGCAUUUGAUGGCCAGAGAGCUUUUAGUAUCAGAUGAACGCGAAGGAACUCUCCAGAAGAUAGAGGAUGAUACUAAGUUACUAGAUUCCUAUGAAGACAAAACCAGAAGACAAUCAGAACUCAUAGAAGUGAACAGAAAUGAAAGAAACGCUUUCAAAAGAAAAUGGAUCAAAUUGGUCGAUGAACAAAAAGAUCUUUUGCAGUCUUUGGAAGAACAAUGUGAUAUCUAUAGUGAAUUAUCAACAAAUCUUAGAGAAACAGAGCUCAAAGCUGCUAAAACAAGUUUCUUGACUCAAACAGCUCGAAACGAAGUCAUAAAUUUAACUCAAGAAAGAAAUGAUUUACAAAAAAUGGUCAUUGAAGCAACAAGAGCAAGUGAAGGUUUAAAGUCACAGAAACAGAUUUUGACGAAUGUUUAUGAUGAUUUCGAACACAAAAAGUCAUUGGAAAGCAAGAAGAUAACUGCUAUAAAGACAUCAAUACAAGUUAUGAACGAACAAUUACAUGAAAGAACUAAAUUGGUUAACCAAUUAAGAUAUGACAUAAAAACAAUCCAAAACAGAUUGGAAAAAGGUUAUACAUUGUUUGAUACGAAGAAACAAGAAAUUGAGAGGUUAGAGAACGAGUAUUCCAAGCUUGUCCAUACACAACUUAUCUUGGAAGAGAAGAAGAGAUCAGUGAAGACUUUGCAAAGCGAUUACAGAAGAUAUUACAACGAAUACAAUUUGGAAAUGCAAAAAACCGUUGCAAUUACAAACGAAUUUGGAAUACCAAGAAAUAUACAUAGAUGGAGUGUUUAUCAAUUCACGAAUCCUGCUUAUGCACAGCAACUAAGAUACCACUGCAUAUUAACUGCAAGACUUGAUGAAGCUCAUGUAAAAUGGCUGAAAUUACUCGACGAAAAGAAGGAAAUAGAAAAGAAAAUUGAAAUGAAAAAUCAAAAAGUUCUUCCUCAUGGAAAGAAGUUGACAGCUGCUUAUCCGACAAAUAUAGAGAAUUUGACAAAUGCUAUAGCUGAUAAGGAUAGAGAGAUCAAGGAAAUAAGUGAAAAAAUCGAUGACACAAGAGAACAAAUCGAAAUAAUCAAAGAAAAAAUUGAUGCUUUAAGAGGAAAAGUGACACAAAGAAGAGGAACAACAGCAGUUUUACGCGGAAAGAACUACAAUGUGAGCAAGAUUAUUCGUGCAAAGACAUCUCAAGGCACGAGACCUAAAACUGCUUCAACUGUUGGUGAAUCUACUUUCUUUAUCACUCAGAACGCAAAAGAUACAGCACUACCAGAGUUUGGUGGUGGUUUUGUAUUGAAGACAGAGCUCCCACAGCUUCCUGGUGAAGAACACAAUGAAAUUUUUGCUCAUCCUGCAAUUAUUACAGCUGCAAACUCAUCUCGCCAACUUAAUAACCAGAUUGAGAUCAAGAGACCAAAAACCGUUAGAAGAAGACCUCAGACAGCAACCCGCAACUAG